AUGUCGGGAGAAGUCCUAAAGGCCGAGAGGGAUUUCACGAAGGAAGUGGACCAGCUGCUUCCGGAGGCGCAAACGCUUGCGAAGACGAACCUGCAAGCUGCUGUCGAGAAGCUCCUGGUUCUCGAGAAGCAAACGCGCCAAGCAUCCGACCUUCCGUCCACGUCCCGCAUCCUUGUCGCUCUCGUCACUCUAUGCAAAGAAAAGGGAGACUGGGGUUUGCUCAACGAGCAGGUCUUGGUAUUGUCCAAGAAGCAUGGCCAGCUCAAGCAGGCUACCACCAAGAUGGUGCAGGUUGUCAUGGGCUUUUUGGAUGAGACCCCGAACCUGGACACGAAGAUGUCCGUGAUCGAGGCACUGAGGACAGUCACGGAAGGCAAGAUCUUCGUCGAGGUUGAGCGCGCCAGAAUCACCCGCGUCCUUUCCGAUAUAAAGAAGCAACAAGGCGACGUCAAUGCCGCCGCCGACAUUCUGUGCGAGCUCCAAGUCGAGACAUUCGGUUCCAUGACGAGACGGGAGAAGACCGAGUUCAUCUUGGAACAGGUGGCGCUGUGCAUAGAGAAGGGCGACUGGACAUCGGCCGGUAUUCUGAGCAGGAAGAUCAGCACGAGAUACUUUGCGAGGAAGCCCAAGAAGACGCCGGAACAGCUGGAGAAGGAAAGGAAGGAGCGCGAAGAGGCGGAGAAGAACAGGAGCGUCGAUGACCCGCCCGUCGAGCCGGAAGACGAUGUUACGGACCUUAAGUUGCGCUACUACGAGCAGCAGAUCAUGCUGUCCAAGCACGACGACAAGUACCUCGACGUCUGCAAGCACUACCGACAGGUGUUGGACACGGAAGCCGUUGAAGAGGACCAGACCAAGCUCAAGGCGGUAUUACAACGUGUUAUCUACUUCGUUAUUCUCGCCCCGCACGACAACGAGCAAUCCGAUCUUCUCCACCGCGUCCACAGAGACAACCGCAACUCGCAAAUACCCCAGGAGAACCAGCUACUCAAGCUCUUCACCAUCCCGGAGCUCAUGAGGUGGCCCGUCAUCUCCGAGCAAUUCGGCCAGCACCUCUGCUCCACGGACGUUUUCGACGCGCAGAAGGGUCAGUCGGGCGAUGAGAAGGCACACCAGAGGUGGGAGGACUUGCGGAAGCGGGUGAUUGAGCACAACGUGCGCGUUGUUGCCAAGUACUACACCCGUAUCCAGAUCCCGCGCUUGACGCAGCUUCUCGAUCUUACGGAAGACGAGACCGAGAAGUACAUCGCCGAGCUGGUCACUGCGAAGACCAUCUAUGCCAAGAUUGACCGCCCGGCGAGGAUUGUCAACUUUGCCAAGCCCAGAGAUGCGGACGACGUGCUCAACGAGUGGAGCGGAAACAUGAAGAGCCUCCUCGGCCUGCUGGAACGCAUCGAUCACCUGAUCACAAAGGAGGAGAUGAUGGCAAGAAUCCAGCCUGCCAAGCCCGCAGCGGACCCCAAGGGCAAGACCGCUAAGGCGUAG